AUGGGUAAAUCUCACGGUUACAGAUCUAGAACUAGAUACGCUUUCUCCCGUGACUUCAAGAAGCAUGGUGCUAUUCCUUUGUCCACCUACUUGAAGACAUACAAGGUUGGAGAUAUCGUGGAUAUUAAGGCCAAUGGUUCUAUUCAAAAGGGUAUGCCUCACAAGUUCUACCACGGUAAGACAGGUAUUGUUUACAACAUCACCAAGUCAUCUGUUGGUGUUAUUGUCAACAAGAUUGUUGGUAACAGAUACAUUGAAAAGAGAGUUAACUUGAGAGUGGAACAUGUUAAGCACUCCAAGUGUAGACAAGAAUUCUUGAACAGAGUUAAGUCCAAUGCUGCUGCUAAGAGAGAAGCUAAGGCCAACGGUGAAUCUGUUUACUUGAAGAGACAACCUGCUAAGCCAAGAGGUUCUAGAGUUGUUGCUACUGAAGGUAACGUUCCUCAAACUUUGGCUCCAGUUCCAUAUGAAACUUUCAUUUAA